AUAAUAAUAAUAAAAACUUCUUUUCUUUCAUGUAUUCUUCACCUCCAAAACACGCCCAUAUCCUUAUUGUAGGAGCAGGUUGCUUUGGUCUUUCUACAGCUUAUGCUUUAUCAUUGGAUAAAGAAAAACACUAUAGAAUUACCAUGUAUGAUAGAGGAGAGUCUGUGCCUGUAUCAGAUGCUGCAUCCACAGAUAUUAGUAAAGUAGUUCGUAUUGAUUAUGGACAUCAAAGACUCUAUACAGAUCUCGGGAUAGAAGCCAUUGAUGCUUGGCAUGCAUGGAACAAAGAAGUCUCUGAGCCUUUGUUUCAUCAAGUAGGUGUCUUGGCUUUUUCUUCAGGUGGAGAAUACAGUCCACUUGAAAAGGACAAUCUAAAGACAAUAGAAGAAGCCGGUUAUGGGGAUGCCAUUGAACGAUUGACAGCAAGUCAAAUCAAGCAGCGAUAUCCUUUCUUGUCUGAUACAGUGAACAAUGGUUAUGAUAUAGCUUAUUUUAACAAGUUGGGAGGCUGGUGUAAUUCAUCAGAGGCCAUCAAGCACUUGUAUGCCAAAUGUGUUCAAAACAAUGUCGAGUUUGUAUUGGGUAAAGAAACAGGUUGCUUUACUCAACUUGUGACUGAUCCUCACAACACACGCUCAGUCAUUGGCAUCAAGACAAAGGAUGGUCUUGUUCAUUAUGCUGACCGCGUCAUAAUAGCAGCAGGUCCUUGGACUUCUAGUCUAAUUGAGAUGCAUCAUCAAGUGAUGGCAACAGGUCAAAUCGUGGUUCAUUUUCAACUUUCUGAAAAAGAGAAACAACAACUCAAAGAUCUGCCCAACUGGAGUGGUGAUGUCUCUCGUACUGGAUUCUAUGGGUUUCCGUAUAAUAAAGAUGGUAUUCUUAAAGUAGGAAAGCAUGCCAGAGGUUAUCUGCAUCCACGUCCAAACGAUGGUAUCUCUGUACCACGUACACAGUCUUCUCAUCCAGGAGACACGAUUCCUCAAAGUGCAUUGGAUGAAUUUAGAGAUUUCUUGGACGCGUUUCUUCCCAUCACGACAGCAUUGGAUAUUGUCUAUUCGCGUGUAUGUUGGUAUUCGGAUUCGAUCGAUGGUGAUUUUGUGAUUGGGUGUCAUCCUGAUUAUGAUGAUCUUGUAGUUGCAGCAGGUGAUUCAGGUCAUGCUAUGAAGUAAGUCUAUGCAUAGAGAUACAUCAACUCAUCUUUUAGGUUUCUUCCUAUUAUUGGUUACAAGAUUCAAGAUGUCAUUGAAGCAAGACAAACAAGAUAUACAGAUGCUUGGGCAUGGCGUCAUAAACAGCCAGACAAAGACUUUUUCAAUCGACCUUUGUUAGUUCAGGAUGAGAUGGCAACACUCGAUCAACUCCAAUCUAAAAAAAAAUAUAAAAUAAAAUAAAAAAGAAACGCGUCAAUCAACGACGUGACUGUACC